AUGCCGUCAAGAUGUGGGGAUCGGGGUGACCCGGCCGCCGUGGCUCUUUACGGUGGCGGCAGCGAGUACUGCAACGGCGUUGGCAGUCGCACUAACCAGCUGUACGCUAGGUACUACUGCAACGGCGGGAGUACUGAGAGCCACUACCACCACCAGUUGGAGACUAACAUUACUACUACUACUACUACCAAUAGUAAUGGACGUGUGGUAUCGAGUCCCUUGCAAGUGGUUACGCGCAACACGCACGAUGACGCGGAGGAGGAACUCUGCUCCCCCCGCUUGAACGUCCAGGCGCGCUAUCGCCUACACAGCCCUACGCACAGUAACAGGGCAUGCGACCCGCAUCUUUCAACAUCCCCGCCAUGCGCAUGGAGUAGCAAUAGCUCCUGCUACGGCGACAUGAAGCAAAACCGAUUUGCGACGCGGCCUACGUCUAGUGCGUCCAUUCCUGUGAAAAAAGAGGGAGAUUUCGUGGGCAGCUUAGGCAGUAGAGGAAUGCCAACAUUUGCCGGCAGCUAUGCCCCGUCUGGGUUUGCCAUGCCACCGGCCCUUGCUUGUAGUGCGACCCCGCCAAUGAAUGAGGCGGUCCUCCGCUCUCCGCAUCCGAACCCGCGCGUGACACCGCAGAGUUUGGGGUCACCAAUGUCGGGGCUUCGUGGGGCCGAGUUCGUCUCCCCCGCUUCGUUCUCCAUCUCUUCACCGCUCCACAACGAAAUCAUACCCGUGCAAAAUUCGCCGAUGACCAUGAGCGGCGGCGCGGGGAAGCUGUGGGGGCGUGGAGUCGUCGCGGAGCAGCAACCGCAGGGACGACAAGCGAAGGCCGGCGCAAGCGGCGGCGACGACAUCUCAAGCAUUUCUGGAAGUAGCACGAGCACGAUACGGGAUGACCUAACUCUCUGCCCCAAGGACGGCCUCUGCACGCAAAUCAACGAUCGUAAGCACCAACGGAAGUACGCCCAUACAUGUCGCCUUUUCCCCUGCUACCACGGUCAUGUCGCACGCCAUGGUAAACUGUUUCGUCACGCUCCUGGGCAAAUUGCACAAAGUGAUGCCCUUGCUAACGUGAAAGGGACACCAAAGACAUUUCCAGCCGAGGCACUGGCGAGUGUCAACUUCAGUUCCAUUAGUCCGCAGGCGAUCAAUGCCUACCGUAUUGUUGUUAGCCACGGUGAUCAGAGCUAUGAGAUAUUUGGCGACUGGCAGAAUGUGCGUGUGCACACGUUUAAGCGAUAUCUGCAUCAGGUGUACAAAAUCCCGCCAAGCUCGCAGGUGCUGGUGCGGGUGGAUGGGGCUGUGCCACUGGACGACGAACUUGAGCCUGUGAGCCGCUACGGCGUGAAGCCAGACACCAUCAUAACACUUAAACGCAAGGAGGACGAGGGGCCCCCGCGGGUGCCUCUUGACGACUUGUAG